AUUUGAAGUGAGAUUAAAUUAGAUAAGUUAAAAUGAUAAGAUAAUGAAACACAGUCAUUUACUAGUUUCAAAAAAUUUCAACACAACAGGUGCAAAAAAUGGUAAAAUAUAUUUGGGUACUUUUUUAUUUAAUAAAUCGGAUACUAUCUGAAGAAGUGUAUCAAAACUCAUCGCAUAUAUGCAGUACAUGUAUUUGUGAAGAUGUGGAUUCAUUUAUAUUGGAUUGCAACAAUAAACAUUUAGAAAAUGUUCUAGCCAAUUGGCCCACACACAAUAAAUCAUUGAUAGCUACGUUCAGCUACAACAAUAUAACAACUUUGAAAAAAUUUCCAAUAACACAGCAUGCAGCCAAACUUGUAUUUGAUCACUGUAACAUACAGUAUUUGGAGAGUGGAAUGUUUUCUAAUAUAAAAAGGAUAGAAUACUUAGAUCUGAGCCAUAAUUUACUAACCACCGAAGAAAUAUCUAGAGACAAUUUUAAAGGUCCAUAUGACAAUAAACGAUACAGACCUAUUGCAAUCAAACAUUUAAAUUUGGCUUACAAUAAUAUUCACAGCAUUCCGCAAAAGUUUUUUGAUAUUAUGCCAGAUUUGGAAGAACUUAACUUGGAGGGAAACGAUUUUGUAGUUCUUGAUCCUAGCACUCAGGUAGCAUUGGGAUCUCUUGGGAAAAUCAAGGUUUUGAAUUUAGCAAACAAUGAAUUGACAGAGCUCGAAGCAAAUUUCAUUAGAAAUUUGAAUACAUUAACUGAAUUAGAUUUGUCAUCAAACCAUUUGGAUUUCGUUCCAAUAACAUUAAAUUAUAUAAGUAAAAAUUUGAAGAUACUUAAAUUAAGUAACAACUAUAUUUUUCAACUAACAGAUCAAAGUUUUAUCGGUUUAGAUUUGAUGGAACUGUAUCUAAAUGAUUUAAGUAGAUUAAAAGUUGUUGAAGCUAACACCUUUGCUACUCAAAAAAAUUUAAAGAAAUUAUAUAUUAGCGGAAAUCCGAGCCUUCGGGUCAUUGACAAAGAAGCCUUUGCAAACAAUCAAACACUAGAUGAGUUGGAUUUAAGUAACAACGCUCUUACUGACAUUAACUAUAUGUUAAAUUGGUCGAAGUUAAAGAUACUGAAGAUUAAUUCCAACUUGUUGGAAUGUACUUGUGAAUUAUAUACUAUUACGAAGGCAUUACCUAAAUCAAUUACAAGAACAUCGGAAAGUCCAAUGUGUACCUAUGAAUAUGAACAAAUAAAUCAGCGUGUAUACUCUUUAGAUGCUGAAAUAUGUUCGAAGAAACAUUCAUCACGUAUUACAAAAAUAACAAAGAAGUUUAACAUUAUAAGGAUUGUUAUGAUUAUACUUUGUUCAGUAUUGAUUACAAUAACGGGUGCUGCUGCAGCUGUAGCCAUACUAAGAUACAGAAAGAGACUUGCAUUUAGGAACUAUCCCUUUGCUGCACAAGUAAGUUAUUUACCAAUUCAAACUCAACACAUCUGAAAAACCUGACAGCACACUGAAUCUUGAAGCUAAGCUACAUUUUAUUUUAUAUACUCAUUAUUAUAAUGACUGGAAAAACGGAUGUAUAAAGUCAGAGCCGGAGGUGCACAAGUAAAAAAUACUUGUUAUUUUCAAUUUUAACGAAUAAAUGAAUAUUAUUUAUAGCGGUUUGAAUUGUUUUCUUUCUUGUGAAAAGAAUACUUUUAAGUUGUUAAAAAUAUACCUAGUUGUACAGUAUUUCUUGCCAAAAAUAAAGUAAUAUUUUUCUUUUUCUUUAUUAUUUCGUGCCUUUUCAGAC